AUGCUAUCGAAUACGGCCGCUGCGGCGGUGCUAGGGCUGGCGCUGGGGACGGCGCUGGGGACCUCUUCGGCGCAGUCGCAAGCCACAGAUUUUCCAACGCUGGCUAUCGGGCGGGAUGAGAGCCUGCUGCCCGUGGUGGAGCUGAGAGUGGGGACGCCGGGACAGAGAGAGAGGCUGCGGCUCGACAUCACGCAGCCGUACAUGUGGCUCGUGUCUGGGCGGCUGUACCCGGAGUGCGACCGCAAGAAGGGGAACUGCCUGACGGGCAACCUGUACUUCCCCAAGGCGAGCGAGACGUAUCAUGCCGGGGACGGGGAGACGUACAACCUGACGAUGGCGGACGGGAUUCAGAUAUCGGGGCUGCUGGGGUACGAGGAGGUGAACUUCAACCGCAGCGACGUGCGGGUGCGCGACGGCAACGUGCACCUGGCGCCGCGGGAGGGCGUGAAGGUGGAGCGGAUGGGGUUCCUGGAGGCGACGACGAUGACAGACAUACACGCGGGGCUGGGGCUGUCGGGGCGCGUGAACAACCCGGACCCGCUGGGCGACGCGGCGCGCGGCAGCGAGUUCUUCUUCCUGGACAAGAUGCGCGACGCAGGGCUGAUCUCGUCGCGGUCGUACUCGCUGUGGUUCGGCAACGACAACACGUCCGCGGUGGACCUGCCGACGGUGUUAGAGGACAUCGGCACGCUGAUGCUGGGCGCGGUGGACCCCCGGCUGUACUACGGCAACUUCUACCAGUACGACGGGGUGCCCAGCGUGGACAUCGCGAGCGGCCAGCACACGCGCGGGGGCUAUCCGAUCGUGCCGCUGACGCGCGUGCAGCUGCUGGGCACCGAGGGCCGGCAGCUGAACCUGACCGACGACACGUUCGCGGAGCCGGUUCUUCUCAACUCGCGCUUCAUGACGUCGUUCCUGCCCAAGAGCAUCGUCCAGCAGAUCGCGCGGCAGACGAACGCCGUGUUCACCAAGUCCUCCAACCGGCUGAUUGUCGAGUGCAGCCUGCUCAAGGAGGAGGCCUCGUUCCGCUUCCACUUCGGCGAGCUGGUCGUCGAGGUGCCGCUGAGCGACUUCAUCGGGCCCACCAACCUCCGCGCGGGCACCUCCAUCCUGGCCCCGGACACCAACGAGACCUGCUACCUGAAGCUCAUGCCCAGCACGGGCAUGGGCUUCUCCAUGCUCGGGAUGCCGAUCCUGCGCAAGCUGUACAUCGCCGCCGACACCGAGUCCGGCGCGGUCGGCAUGGCGCUCGCCGUCCGCCCGGUCGACCGCAACGUCACCUCCCUGCCGCGGUCCACGGGCGAGGUCGCCGCCAUCCGCUCCGGCUCCAUUCCGUUUGCCACGCCCGUCACCCUGCCCUGCACAUCCUCCAUGACGCUGUCCAUGUUCUCCAAGAACAUCUCCGCCAGCGUGCUGGACGGCUUCACCGGCACCAUCCACUCCAACGGCUUUUUCGGUCCGCGCUCCGGCGAGCUCAGGACGAAAAGUACAGAUUUGAUAUCGCGCAGCACAUCCACGAAGAAAUCGGAUUCAUCUCCCAGCAGCGCCAACGCUGCCAUACACCACCCCAGAUUUUCGGGCCGUACUUACUUUGAUGUUGGUUACUCGACUUUCUCCAUUACUGCAUUGUGUUCCCUAUUUCUGAUAGGGUUCCUAAUAUAG